UUUUAGUUUACAUAUUAGGAGUUCUAGUGACACCACAUAUUUAGCAGAUUAGCAAGGGUUAGGUGCAGCUUUUUGAUUUUGGUAAACACUAUUGGUUCUGUAAUGGCUGAUGGUGAAGAUAUCGUAAUCUCUGGAGUAUCUGGACGCUUUCCAGAAUGCAAAAGUAUAGAUGAAUUUAAAGAAGCAUUGUUAAGUAAUAAGAUACUACUUACUGAAGAUGAAAGAAGGUUUCCACGAGCUUGCAAGGAUGUACCAUAUACGACCGGAAAAGUACCAGAUAUUGAGAAAUUUGACGCAGAGUUUUUCGAAAUGCAUUCCGCACAAGCUAAUUUUAUGGAUCCUCGACAAAGGAUUUUAAUGGAGGUGACUUUUGAAACUAUUAUUGACGCUGGUUAUAAUCCCAAAGAAUUAAGAGGAACCAAUACAGGAGUCUUCAUCGCAGUAGGUAUGUUUAACUCUAAGGAAUUACCAAAGGAUGCCAAUGAAUACUAUUAUAUAAUUAAUAAUUCCUACCACACAGCGAACAGAAUAUCUUUUUACUUUGACUUCAAUGGUCCGAGUUUUGCCAUGGAUUCAGCCUGCUCCGGUUCACUCUACGCAUUUUCCGUAGCCUAUCAAAAACUUAAAGCAGGAGAAAUCGAUAAUGCUAUUGUUGGAGGUACUGUCAUAAAUUGUAGUGCAAGAGAAGCAGCUGAACUAAACCAACUGGGUGUACUAAUGAAAGAUGGUGUGUGCAAAAUUUUCGGAAAAGAAAGAGCAGGAUUCAAUAGAUCAGAAACAGUAUGUGCUUACUUAUUGCAAAAAAAGAAAAACAGCAGAAGAAUUUACGCAACUGUAUUGGGAGCAGGAGCCAAUAUGGAUGGUUACAAGAGCGAAGGUAUUACUUGUCCUUCUUACAAGUUACAGACUACUUUGAUUAAAGAUAUAUACACAAAGAACAAUAUAAAUCCUGAUGAUGUGGCUUAUUUGGAAAUGCACGCAACUGGUACGGUUGUGGGUGACUUAGCAGAAAGCAAAUCCGUUGCUGAAGUUUUUCGAGGAAAACGGAGAAAACCAUUAUUAAUUGGAAGUGUAAAAUCUAAUGUGGGACACGCAGAAGUAGCAUCCGGUGUCACUUCCUUAGCCAAACUCAUAAUUGCAAUGCAAUCUGGUGUUAUACCAGCUACCAUAAACACAGAACCAGUCGAUGAAAAAAUUCUAGAAAUUGGAAAAGAUACUUUCGAGAUUGUAAAAACGAACACUGAGUAUAAAGAUGGACUAAUGGCAGCAAGCUCGUUUGGAAUUUGUGGAGCCAAUGCCCACGUUGUUCUAAAACCAUCACCUCUUGUGAAGAAAGUUACAAAGACUGAUACAAACUGUGAUCGUUUGGUUCAGGUUUCUGGAAGAACAGAAAACGGGAUAAAUCGCAUUCUAGAUGAGAUUGAGCGAAACGCAGAUGAUGAUGAGUUUCUAUUGCUUCUAGACGAAAUAUACAAACAAAGUAUAGAUGGAUUCGACUACAGAGGAUAUGUGGUUUUAGGUAAAGAUAAGCCACCUUUAAAAGAAUCAGCACAGUGCACAUCAACGAAGAGACCAAUUUGGUUUAUAUUUAGUGGAUUAGGUAGUCAAUGGACGGGGAUGGCAAGAGGUCUUAUGCAUAUUGAUGUGUUUAAAAACACGUUUAAUCGAUGUGCCAAGGCUCUAAAACCUCACGGAGUAGAUUUACAUAAGAUUAUAAUGGAUGAUACGCCAAAUUCGCUAAAGGAUAUUACAAAUAUAUUUAGCUCUAUUAGUGCCGUAACAGUAGCCUUAGUAGAUGUAAUGACUUCGGUUGGUAUUAAACCAGAUUUUAUGGCUGGUCAUUCUAUGGGAGAAAUAGGAUGUGCAUAUGCAAACGGAGGAAUAACACCAGAACAAGCUGUAUUACUAGCCUACGCGAGAGGAUAUGCUACCCGUCAAACAACAAUACCUGCUGGUUUAAUGGCUGCUGUGGGAAUAUCACACGAAAAUUUAAAGAAAAUACUUCCACAAGAUAUAUACAUAGCUUGCAUUAACAAUUCAGAUGGAACUACAAUAUCAGGCCCAGAGAAAUCGGUAAGAGAGUUUGUAGAUAAAUUAACUCAUCAAGGAAUAUUUGCUAAAGUAGUAGAAACUGGAAAUAUUGCAUUUCAUUCUCCAUACUUAAGUGAUGCACCUAAACAUCUUCUGAAUUUUAUCAAAAAUCUUAUAAAAAAUCCACAAAAGAGGGCAGAGAAUUGGAUAUCAACAUCAGUACCUUUUGAUCAAAGUAAGGAAACUUGGGCACAGUACGACUGCGCUGAAUACCAUGUUAACAAUUAUCAAAAUACAGUUUAUUUUAAUUCCAUAUAUAAGCAUAUCCAUAAAAACGCAAUUGUAGUUGAGAUAUCGCCUCACGGGUUAUUAACGUCAGUUAUGAAGCGAGAACUCACUUCAGAAAAUACUCUGAUACGAUUGAUGGACAGAACGGCUAAGGAUCAGGGACAGUACCUGCUUUCAGCAAUUGGAAAAAUAUUUAUUGCUGGAGGACAACCAGAUCUAAAAAGUCUUUACCCGAGAAGUUUAGUUCCAAUAACUAGAGGAACAAAAUUUUUAUCUUCGCUAAUAGAAUGGGAUCACACUGCUAAAUGGGACUGUCCCAAUUUCAUAAGUCAAGAUUAUUUUGGAAAAUCAGUUUUAGUUAAUUUAUCAGAUACAAAAUAUUCACAUUUAGGUGAUCAUGUGAUAGACGGAAGAAGUCUUAUGCCAGCGGCAGGAUAUUUGGUACUGCUGUGGACAGUUCUGGCCGAUAUGCAAAUGAUGGACAUUACUGAAACGCCAGUGGUUUUUGAAAACAUAAAGCUUUUACGUGCUGUUGUCCUUUCUGAAGAAAAAAAUGUAGAAUUUGUCUUUAAUGUAAUGAGGAAAUCAGGAAAUUUUGAAAUAUAUGAAGGAGGAACCGUAGUCGUGACAGGUAAAAUCAGAACACCAACAGAUGUGUCAAGUGAAUUUAUUCUUAAGGAUUUCGAUAAGAUAAAACAUAAAACUGACGCUGAAUUGAAAUUGGAAAACACAGAUAUAUAUAAAGAGUUUCUUAUGAGGAGAUACCAAUACCGAAAUUUAUUCAAAUGCAUCUUAAAAUGUAGUUUGGACGGUACUGAAGGAAAAGUUUCAUGGAAUGAAAAUUUUACUAGUUUCAUAGAUUGUAUAAUGCAAUUAAAAAUAUUAGAUUUUAAAAAUAGGUAUGCUUUGAACUUACCGGUAUCAAUUAAGAAGCUAGUGAUAGAUCCAAAUAUUCAUUAUGAAGAUGUCAAAAAAGAUAAUGCUGUAUAUGUGCAUCAUGAUCCAUACUCUAAUAUUGUUCGAACUAAAGGCAUUGAAAUUAUGGGCGUUAAAUUAAGCAUUGCGCCACGUAGGAAAAAUAUCCAACUAGGUGAACACUUAGAGAAUAUAGCAUUCGUUAAAUAUGUAUCUCCUGAAAAUAAGAAAUAUAACGUGGACCAAUCUCUUCAAAUAGCCCUUAAUAUAGUUGUACAGAAUAUGUUUGGCUUUAUUAAGAACAUUAUUAUCAGGGAAUUAAAAACUGAUGAAAGUAAAAUUCCAAGUGAAAUUCAAGUUAAAACCGAAUUAUACUAUUCUAAAAGAAUAUUUAUAGUUUCAGAGUAUUCUUCAAUACAACCCAACAAUAUAGACAGUAAGAUAGAAUUACUAAUAUUGGAUAAUCUAAUGAUUGAAAAGUAUAGAAAAGCUUUUAGUAAUUUAAAAAAAAAUGCAUUUAUUCUAUGUAUUGGAAAUUUAGAAAAUACUAAGAUAAACGAAUUCGAAGUAAUUUUCCAAACACCCAGUUUAACUUUAUUACGCAUAAAACAAGAUGCCAUCACUUUUGAUGAGGUCAUUCAAAUUAGUGAGAAUAACUAUAAGUGGCUAGAGAAAAUAAAAACAGUUUCGAACUCCAUCAAUUCAAAAAAUGUUUUAUUAUAUAGUGAAAAUGAAUACACGAAUGGGAUUGUUGGCCUUAAUUACUGCCUUAUGUCGGAGGACGACAUUAAAGUUGCCUUUAGGUCAGUUCUUGUUAACCAAGUAGCGCCACCUUUUUCUAUUAGUAAUAGUUAUUACAAAAAUCAGUUAUCAAAGAACUUGGCAUUCAACAUCUUGCAAGAUAAUGAGUGGGGAACAUUUGUACCUAUAGCAGUGGAACCAAUACAGACCAAAGUUGUCGAGAAUGCAGGGCUUACUGUGUGUAAACCAGGAGAUUUAUCUACAAUAGGAUGGACUGAAACAAAAAAUUGCAGUUCGAUUGUCGAUGAGGCCAACAUUGUGGACACAUAUUACCUUGCGCUAAACUAUAAGGAUGUUAUGAUUUCUUCUGGUAGACUGAAAGAGGGUAAUAAAUUUAUUGGAGGUGAAUACUCUGGUAUAACACAAAAAGGAAAGAGAGUAAUGGGAUUUCUCUUUAACGAAUUUAAAUUCCAAGUAGAAACUGAUCCCGAGUUUACAUGGACUAUACCCGAAUCCUGGACACUUGAGGAAGCAGCUACCGUACCAGUUACUUAUGUUACGUGCUACUACGCGUUGAUGGUCAGGGGAAGAAUGGAGCAGAACUGUUCUAUACUAAUUCAUGCUGGGGCAGGUGGUAUUGGAAUAUCAGCAAUUAACAUAGCAUUAUCGCUAAAUUCAACAAUUUUUGUAACUGUGGGAUCUGAGAAGAAAAAGCAGUUUUUAAGAGAUUUAUUUCCCCAACUAAAGGAAGAGAACAUAGGAAAUUCGAGAGACACCUCUUUCUACAAUCUUGUGAAACAGCGGACAAACGGAAAAGGAGUUGACUUUGUGUUAAAUUCAUUAGCUGGAGAAAUGUUUCAGAUGUCCAUAGAAUGCUUAGCACAAGAAGGAACAUUCCUGGAGAUUGGCAAAAUGGAUCUUCUUAUGGGAUCUUCUAUUGAUACAAGGAUUUAUUUAAAAAACUGUAGUUUCCACGGAGUAAUGGUAGAUGAAUUAAUGAAUAGCAUUGAAAUUAAGAAAAAAAUACACAAAUUAGUUCAGGAAGGUAUCGAUACUGGAGUUGUUAAGCCACUUCCUCUAAAAACAUUUGAAUUAGAAGAGAUCGAGUCUGCGGUUAGGUACUUAUCAAGUGGAAAAAACUGUGGAAAGGUCUUAGUAAAUAUAAGAAAAAAUGGACCAUCAAAACCUAUACCAAUUGUUGCAAAACCAGAAAUCACUUUCUAUCCCGAAAAAGUUUAUAUAAUCAUUGGGGGAUUGGGAGGAAUGGGCUUAGAAUUAGCUCAUUGGUUGUUUUCGAAGGGCGCUCGAAUAAUUAUUUUAAAUGGUAGAAGAACUAUCUGGUCCAAGUAUCAAGAGUUGAGUAUAAACAUAUGGAAAUCACUAAAAUAUAAAGCUAUCAUUGAUCUUUCUGAUAGUACUACGAUGUCUGGAGCUGAGAAUCUGUUAUUGGAGGCUCAGAAGUACGGACCAGUUGGAGGUAUCUUCAAUACAGCUCUUGUGCUACGUGAUGCUUCUAUCUACCAACAAACAACACAAAUGUUUGAAGACGUAUGCCGACCAAAAAUAUCAUCAAGUAAAAACUUGGACGUUUUAACCCGCAAAAUGUGCAAGCAAUUAGAUCACUUUGUUCUGUUUUCGUCAGUAGUGGCCACUAGAGGUGUUAUGGGCCAAGCAAACUACGGUUAUGCCAAUUCAGCUCUCGAAAGACUUUGCGAACAAAGAAAGAGAGAAAAUCUACCUGGCUUAGCUAUCGAGUGGGGUCCAGUGGCAGACGUAGGCGUACUUAUGACUGAAAAAUUUAAUACAAAGACAUAUGGUAACUUACUCUAUCAAAAACCUGAAAGCUGCUGGAAAGUUUUAGAAGAAUUUAUGAUUUUGGAUGUUGCAGUUUGCAUAAGUUCCGUUUACAAAAAUAGCCAAGAAGUCGCGAAAAAAGAGAAGACGCCUAUCGACAUUGUAGCUAAUAUUCUAGGAAUUGCAAAUAUAGAUACUGUUGACAAAAACAAGCCUUUUAACAAUUUUGGAGUGGACUCGCUGAUGGCCUCAGAAAUCAAACAAAUAUUAUAUCAAGAAUUUAAUAAGGUUAUUGAAGUAGAAGAUGUACGGAAAUUAACCUUUGCAAAUUUAUCUGAAUUUUUAAAUUGUGAGAAAAAAUAAGGUACAAAAUUUAAAAAUUGAUGAUAGUUUUAAUAAUAUACACAUUUAUAUUCUAGGGGCAUAUAAAAAAUAAUCAUUGUAUUUAACAGCAACUAGAAAAAAAAUUCAAAAUUUAUAAUUUUUCAUAUAAAAAAAAUAUGUGUCCACAUUUAAAUACUGUUUCGUUUGUAAAAGAUUUAAUUAAAUUAAUCAAAUCGUCAUGAAUAAACUUAUUUUAAACUU